AUGUCUUUUCAGGAUCUUAUACCUGUGGUUAACAAGUUGCAAGAUAUUGUAACCACCACCCAAUUGGCUGAUAUCGAUUUACCUAUUUUGGCUGUUGUUGGAUCUCAAUCUUGUGGUAAAUCUUCGGUGCUAGAAAAUAUUGUUGGUAGGGACUUUUUACCUAGAGGUACUGGUAUUGUUACACGUAGGCCUUUAGUUUUACAAUUGAUUAAUGUUAAAGAAGAUGAUCCAAUAGUCACUAAAUAUCAACAGAAACUGAUGAAGAAGAGUGACCACGACGACGAUGGCUCUGAUGGUCCAGAGCUGGAAGAAGUCAAUUUGGAGGAACAUAUUAGGAAAAUGAAUGGUGGUAAAUCCAAAGGAGGUAAAAAAUCCACAACUCGUGUUGAAUGGGGUGAGUUUUUGCACAUCCCGAACAAACGUUUUUACAAUUUCAAUGCAAUUAGAAAAGAAAUUGAAAGUGAAACUUUAAGAAUUGCUGGAGAAAAUAAAGGGAUUAGUAGAUUACCUAUCAACCUCAAGAUUUAUUCUCCCAAUGUAUUGAAUUUAACUUUGGUUGAUUUACCUGGAUUAACCAAGAUCCCCAUUGGUGAUCAACCCACUGAUAUUGAAAGGCAAACAAGAAAUUUGAUUUUGGAGUACAUUUCCAAACCAAAUUGUAUAAUAUUGGCUGUUUCUCCUGCUAAUGUAGAUUUGGUCAAUUCGGAAUCCUUGAAAUUGGCAAGACAAGUUGAUCCGACAGGGAAAAGAACCGUGGGGAUUUUAACUAAAUUGGAUUUGAUGGAUCAAGGAACAAAUGCAGUGGAUAUUUUGAAAGGGAACGUUUAUCCAUUGAAAUUGGGGUUCAUUGGUAUCGUUAACCGCUCUCAACAAGAUAUCUCCGAAAACAAAUCAUUGGAUGAUUCUUUGUACUCUGAAGAACAAUUUUUUGCCAAUCACCCUGCUUAUAGAGCAAUGGCCAAUAAAUGUGGAACCAAAUACCUUGCUCAAACAUUGAAUAAGAUCUUGAUGAAUCAUAUUAGAGAUAGAUUACCUGAUAUUAAGGCAAAAUUGAAUACACUUAUGGGUCAAACUGAACACGAAUUGGCUUCGUAUGGAGAAAUGCCAAACAUUGGUGAUUCUAGAGAGGCAAGGGGAGCAAUGAUUCUUACUCUCAUGACUAAAUUUGCCAACGGCUUUAUAAAUUCAAUUGAAGGUAAUUCAGUUAAUGAAAUUGAUACUAAGGAAUUGUGUGGUGGUGCUAGAAUUUACUACAUUUAUAAUGAAGUUUUUGGAUCAACUUUGGCAUCAAUCAAUCCCACCCAUAACUUAUCGGUUCAAGAUAUUCGUACUGCAAUUAGAAACUCAACCGGUCCAAGACCUUCAUUGUUUGUACCGGAAUUGGCAUUUGACUUAUUAGUUAAGCCACAAAUUAGCUUAUUAGAGUCUCCAUCACAAAGAUGUGUUGAGUUGGUUUAUGAAGAAUUAAUGAAGAUUCUCCACAGUGUUUGCACAUCAAGUAUUGGACCUGAAUUGAAUAGGUACCCAAGAUUACAAAAUAGAUUAAUAGAAGUUGUGAGUGAUUUACUAAGGGAACGUCUUGGGCCAACUAUCAAAUAUGUUGAAUCAUUGAUUGAAAUCCAUCGUGCCUAUAUCAACACUAAUCAUCCAAAUUUUGUUGGUGCUGCUAAAGCCAUGAGUGAAGUUGUUGCUGAGCGUCAAAAACAAAAAGAACAAGAACUGAAUAGUAAAUUGAGAUUGGCCACACAAAGAAUCUUGGGCAAAAAGAUGAAAAAUAGUGCCAUUGAAGAGAAUGUAGAGGAUGUUGAAGAGGAAGACGAAGAAGAUAUUGAUGAAGCUGUGCAAAGGAUGAAGGAGGAUUUGAAUUCAGUUGAUGAUAGAAUAGAUGAGCAACCAAAGCACAAGAGAUCUUUCUCAAAUAGAUCUAGAGCAGAACAUUCCAAUCAUUCACAUUCUCAUCAUCAAAGCAACGAAUCUUAUCUCAACUAUUUCCUUGGUAAAGAUCCCAUUGUUCAUCAACAACAAUUACAAGCACAAGCCCAAUUACAUCCAACUCCAUUCAAGUUCCCUCAUCCUCAGGAAACAACAUUGCAAUUUAAUACACAAUUUGUCAACAACGGAGUCAUCACCAGUCCUCAACAACAGCAUCACACCCAAACACAACACUCAUCUCCAUCAAUCAAUGGUCACGUCUCCCACGACUUCAAUAAAUUAUCCCUCGAUGAAUCCAACGAUGCGUCAUCAACAUCAUUCGAAGGCGACACUGCAAUCCUCGAACUAACCGAACGUGAGCAAAUGGAAUGUGAAUUGAUUCGUCGGUUAAUCAUUUCUUAUUUCAGUAUUGUGCGAGAAAUGAUUCAAGAUCAAGUUCCCAAGUCAAUCAUGUGUCUCUUGGUGAAUUACGUCAAGCAACAAAUUCAAAAUAGAUUAGUUGUGAAACUAUAUAACGAUUCAUUGUUUGAUGAGUUGUUGCAGGAAGAUGAAGGAAUUCAAGCUGAACGUGAGAAAUGUGUUGAGUUGUUGAAGACUUAUAAAGAAGCUUCGAAGAUUAUCAGUGAUGUGGUGUGA